UUGGUAUGGAAGGUCUAAUUAGAGUGGAGAAAGAUUAAAUAUUAAACUCAAUCUAACUAAAAUCAUUAAAAAUGUAUAUAAUAUUCACCUAUAUACUCUGCGGUCUAAUCUUAAACAACAAAAUUGUGUUUGUGCUUGCAACCGAAUCGAACUUUACCGAGCUUAUCGGUCAACCGCAUCACCAAGAGCAUUGCCCAUCGUAUCAAGGAAUGGAUUGUAAAUGUGAGACUAUAUGUACUAUAAAAGAUGAAGUAAGUGAUAUUUAUGUGGGCUUGGAUUCUAAAGGUCGCCAAAUGUUAGUGGUUUGUCCAAAAGAAACAAAACUAAAUAUUACUUUGCUACACAACUCAAGUUAUUUGGAAGCGAAAAAUUGCAAAGACAUCUAUGCUAAUGCUGUACAACAAAAGAUUAAUAUAAAAAACCUGAAUAAACUUACGUUGAUCUACAAUUCGCGAUUUGCUGUUACUGACAUUAUAAUUUAUUUUCAAAAUCUUCUUCAACUACAUAUAAUUGUAAAAUCCACAGAGAACGUUGACUUUUCUCCAAUUAAAUUAAAUUUGAUACCCUUUAUAAAAUACUACAUCCUCCAACUUUACGGACAAAGAUCAAUGAAUAAGCGCACCUUGACGCAGGAAUACUUUCGGUAUUUUGCCGAGAUCAGACGGCUUCAUUACAAGCAUAAACGCUUUAACAAAUUUACCAAUUACAACUAACGAUUUUGUGCGCGAAAUCAAAAUGGCUGGAAAUCCUGUCGUGUGCGAUUGUAAGUUGGCUUGGAUUUACAAUAGCAAUUAUCGUUCCAUUUUUACUGAUUUACAGUGUAAACAGUCGUCAAACGAACUACUAACGGAUGUCGCACAGUUACGACGCGACGAGCUGUGCGCUUGGCAACCCAUACUCUGUCCCACAAACUGCGACUGUUACACACAAUCCGACUGGCUGAACAUCAAUUGCACCGAUAGACAACUUCAUGUUAUUGAACAACUGCUACGCCCCGAACAAGUUGAUCGCAGGAGUUCAAUACUCGAUAUUAGCGUCAAUCGGCUGACUGUUUUGCCGCCAAACACCACCUUCGGCUAUGCCAAUGUUACGCAACUCAACGCCUCGUACAAUAGAAUCACAAGUCUCAGUCGCUUCCAACUGCCCGCCAAUCUAACGGUUUUAGAUAUACGCAGUAAUGACUUAAAAACUUUAACUGAUGAUUUGCUGCGCGCGAUUCUCAAUGACAGCGACAAUCUACAGUUUUUGUAUCUGAGCGAAAAUGCUUGGAUGUGCGAUUGUGCUGCGCGGAAUUUGUUGUACACCGUUCGUGCACAACAGCGACGAAUACCCGAUGUCAAGCUGCUAAACUGUAAUAAUUUACAGAAUGUGACGCUGCUCACAGCAAAUGUGGUCGACUUGUGCAAUGUUGAAGGUUCGUCGUUUACGAUCGCAAGUAUCACAAUCGCAGCAUUAGUCAUCAUUAUUUUUCUUCUGCUUAUCGCACUAUAUUAUAAAUAUAAUUUGGAAGUGAAAGUCUGGCUACAUGCUCGCAAUAUAUUGACUUGUUAUAUACAUGAAUCUGAAUUGGAUAAGAAUAAAAAAUGCGAUGCCUUUAUAUCGUAUGCCCAUCAAGAUGCUGACUUCGUCAACCAAACCCUACUGCCGCGUCUUGAAGAGUGCGAAGAUCCACCAUUUCUCAUAUGCACACACGAACGUAAUUGGCUGUCUGGCACCUAUAUACCGGAACAGAUUAUCGAAUCGGUCGAUCAGUCGCGUCGUACGAUCAUAGUGUUGUCGCAGCACUUCAUCGAAUCCGAUUGGGCGCGCAUGGAGUUUCGCACAGCGCAUCAAUGCUCGUUGAAUGAGGGUCGUGCGCGCAUAAUUAUUGUCAAAUACGGUGAAAUUACGAACACUGAUUUGUUAGAUAAGGAAUUGAGAGCAUAUUUGCAGAUGAACACUUAUUUGGAUUGUGAAGAUCCCAGAUUCUGGGAUAAAUUACGCUAUGCCAUGCCACAUAAAGCAGCGGGUAGAGAACGGAGUACCGAUAUGUUGGAAGUCAAUGGACGAAUAUAUGUUACGGAACAAGUUGAGUUAAAUGGUUUGCGUGACGAGAGUGCUUAACAAUUAUAUAUAGGAGGAACAAAUAACUUGGUAAAAAAUAACUGGAUUCUUGGACACACUGACUAUACACAAUACAUUUUAUUCAAAUAGUUUAUAUAAUAAAUUCUAUUGUAUACUUAAUACAGAAAAUAUGAAUCAUUUUAUUAAAAAUUUGAGUAAGCAAUGAAGCCACCGGAAGUCUAAAAAAAAUUAUGUGUGGUUUGCAACACAA